GGCUUGCAGGUGCUGGCAGCAAAUAUUAGACCACAAGACACCCUGAAGUGAGCCAGUGCGCCGACUGUGUCACCACACAGCUUGCCCAUAUGUUAUUACUUAUACAUCAACCCUCUCUGAGUAAUGGCCUGCAGGUUGAGGCAAAGCCAGCUUUCGUCGAGCAUAUAUUUCAGCAGUGUUUAAAUAAGCCCAUCGAGACGCGCGUCGCGUGAACUUUUCUCUCCCAUCCGUCUGCUCAGAGCUGCCUGUGGAACAAAAUGAAUGGAGAAUACAGGAGGCAGGGGGGAGGCGCUUUGAGCCUUCCUCACUCCCCUGGAAAAUGAGCUAGUCUGCUUUAACAAUAAAUGGUGACCAGUUCGAAAGCACACAUGACCGGUCUAGUGAAGAUUGAGCAAACUGAGAGCAACUUGCAGAAGGCCACUCAAGAGCAAGGAGGCAUUCUAAAACAAGGUUACUUGGAAAAGAGAUCCAGAGACUCUAAAAUAUUUGGCUCUGAGUGGCAGAAGCGAUGGUGUGUCCUUGACAAUAUGGCCUUCUACUACUUUGCAAAUGAAAAAAGCAAGCAACCAAGAGGCAUGUUUGUCAUUGAGAACUACCAUGCCCAGAUGGCUUUCCACUUGCGCAAGGAUUCUCGAAGAGAUUGCUGCUUCGAGCUGACCUCUCCUGGUAAACGUACCUACGAGUUUACAGCUGUUAGCUCUGCAGAAGCCAUGGACUGGGUGGAUCAGAUCCAAUUCCUGCUUAAGGAUAUUAAGUCCUCAGUUAUCCCCUGUGAGGAAGUCGAGGACGACGAUGACGACAAUAUCAAAGAAGAGGCCUAUGAUGACAUAGACAGUUUUGAUUCCCCCAAUGUGACACAUCAUCAGGAUACCUCUUUGGACCUGGAGAAGGAUGAGGAUGAUGGACAGAGCGAUGACUGCAUUUAUGAAGUUCUUCCAGAUGAUGAACUUGGUUUGUCCACUUCAGAUGGCAGAGAAGAUGCUGGAAGCAUGGAGAAGACAGGACUCAGAAGAAAGUAUGUGAAUUACUAUCAAGGUCUGUGGGAUUGUGCUGGUGGCCAUCCAGAUGAGCUGUCAUUCCAGCGAGGAGAUUUGAUAUACAUCCUCAGCAAGGAGUACAAUAUGUAUGGCUGGUGGGUUGGAGAGCUGAACAGCAUGGUGGGGAUUGUGCCAAAGGAAUAUCUUAUGCCCGCCUACGAUGUGGAAAGAUGAAUGGCAGAUAACCUGGGUCUCAUCUCUUCCCGUCCCUUGCAUUGUUGACGCAACAGAAACACUUCCUAGAACCCCUCUUUGCUAUUCCUAAGAAAAAUAUGUGCACAUGAGAUGUCCUCAACCCACAUUAAAUCUGCUGCAGAAGCACAGUCUCCUCUCCUGUUGUUCCUUCAGCCUUUUCCAUUCUGAGAUAGAGUUCUUCACACUCUAGAGACUUUUGCUCUAGUACUUUCCCCGCACUUGGCACAUGCUCUUGUUCUGCAGAAGGUGGCCAGACAUUCCACAUACAUGAUGGUGGGGGCAGUACUUGCUUUUGCAGAACACUCAAUGGGGAAAUAUGUUGACAAUAUUUCGGAAUAAAUACUUCUGUCAUUUGCUGAUUAGAAA